CAGGCAGGACAGUGGUGUGUGUGCCUUUUUGCAUGUAUCACUCCCACACCUCACACAGCUCUUAGCACAGUAAAAGGCUUUCAAAUUCAACCUCAAACACAGCCAGAACAGACUAAGAGAACCAUUUCAAAAAUGGCAUCAGACGAUGGUUUCAGCUACCUAAUGCCAGGCCACAGUGAGAAACACAGGCGGGCCCCGAACUGGACCGACGGUGAAAUGAAAGCCCUCCUGUAUGUGUGGGAGGAACACCACAACGAACUGAAAAUGAGCAAGAGGAACGCCAAAGUUUACGAGAAGAUGUCCCAGAGGUUUUUCCAUCUGACCGGAGAGCAGCGUUUCAAAGAGGAGAUCAAGAUGAAAAUCACCAACAUGUCUUUCCAGUACAGGCGACUGAAAUCUACAGUUGGUGAAAGUGGUGAAAUACCAGAUUGGCCGUACUAUAAAGCCAUCGAGAAGAUCCUCUCCAAGCCGCUGGAGAACGGGCGGUUAAACUCUUUGGAGUUUCAGGCCUCCGCUGCAGGUCCCUCCACCUCCUCCCAGUCUACAGACAACCUGGCACCCCAGUCGGAGGAGGGGAUGCUGGGGUUCCUUCCAGAGUACACGGGCUCCUCAGAUGAGAUGGAGAUAAAGCAAGAGUUGGACUCUUUGAGCUCUGACAGUGACAACACACAGGGCUCCAGCUCCCACCCUAUUUCAGCCAGGAAGAGGCAUGCCAACAAGCACCUGUCCAUGAAGAAGAAGAAGCUGCGGGUGAUGCAGGCCAUGCUACAGCAACAAAAGAGGUCGAGCCGAGCAAUAGAGGAGACAUGCAGGGAGGUCCGUCGAGCCCUGCACCAACAGAACCUCCUCCAGGUCCAGUGUGUGCAGCUGCAGGAGCGUAUGAUGAACCUCCUGGAGAAAAUGAUCCAGCCUCCCUCCACCACAUCAGCGUCAUGGGGUCAGAGUGGGGCCAAAGACCCAGGGAAGCCAUGAAGUGUGUGGGUUAUGAUUGCUGGGAGAGAUCAUGGUCUUGCCUCACCUGUAGCCUCUGACGCAAAAAUAAAGAAGGCUAUAUUUCUUUGGAUUUCAGUUAGACAUUGAACAGAGAAGUGCAACAAUUUACUCCUAUGAUUUCUGAAGGUGUCAUCAGCCUGAAUACCUUUAAUGGAAGGUAAUCACGCUAAUAAUCACAAUGACGUAGACAUACACUGUCUCUUUAGCAGUUGGGCUCCAAUGUUUUCAUCUCAAGGAUACUUGUAUCUUUCUUGAUAAUUUGUACCCUAUUAAAAACACUGUGGGAACAACAGCCUUGCAAAAUUAGACUUAUCUU